UGCCGACAGAUUUGUUCUACGAAUAAUGACGCACUGAUGGGGGAGCUGCUGAACCUUAUGGGGCAGUUUAUAGUAAGGUUGCUGGAGGGUGGCGACGUCUUAUCUCCUAUCGAACCGGAAGAGGACUCGGAAGGAAGUGACCCAGAUCUGACUCCAGAUGCUUGGUGGGGAGCCACCCUCACCAAGUAUGCAUGGCUCGGGGAAUUCUCAGCCCCAUCAAGGCCAACCAAGGCACUCAUCUCUACUCUAAACAAGACUAUCCUAGAAGAAGCAGGGAAAUGGGUGGAAUCAGGAAAAUCCCCCUACCUCACGAAAGUGAUGAGGUUCAACGAGUGGGCGGAGUUGGCUUGGACCUUCGAGAACGAUAGGGGUGCGUUGGAAGGACUGAUCGAACGGUAUGCGGGGGAUGCAGUAAAGGUAGCAAAGAAGGACGAUGAGGAGGAUCGUACUAUAGAGUUAAAAACGUCCGAAGCGGAGAAGGUCUGGUUAAAAGCCUGGGGGCUUGGAUCGACUCACCUUGAUUGGGUCAUGGCACGCUAUAACGCGGAGGAGACGGAUGAGGGGGCAUCGAUGCUGGAUGUUUUUAACCUGGAUGAAGACGAGAGGAUGGAGGUGGACUUCCUUACUGCACCUGGAGUGGAUUUGUCCAAGAGGCACAGAACACCCACUGCUUGGGACUAUGAAAGGCAUGCCUUCCUUCCCCUGGCGAGUUCUCAUUGGGUGGAAGAGAUGUCGAUUUCCCUCCAGCACAGGACAUGGAGGCUUGAACCCUUCAACCAUCUGGCCCCGAUCGGGAUCAAGGCGUUUAAAUUUCUGGCAGGGGCGAAGAAGAAGGAGCUCGAGGAGUGUUACAACAGUGCUCUGGAAGGUGUUUUUGUGUAUGGAGGCGAGAAGAAAACUCCGCAUAAAGGAGGGCGCAUGUCUUUCCCAUCGCUGCAGGAGCUGGAUCCAGAGAAAUGCAAGUAUCCUAAGUGGUAAUGCAGAAGACGUGCCCGCAAGGGGUAGGGAGGGACUUGAAUGCUUUGAAGAAAUUAUGGAAUGUUGGUAGGCCAUACUUGAAGU